AUGGCUGAGGUGAAUAUCUCCUAUGUCAGUGAGUUCAUUCUCAAGGGGAUCACAGACCGCCCAGAACUCCAAGUCCCAUGUUUUGUAGUGUUUUUGACAAUCUAUCUGGUUACAGUUAUAGGCAACAUUGGGUUGAUUGUAAUAAUCAGGGUUGACUCUCGGCUCCACACGCCUAUGUACUUCUUCCUCAGUCACUUAGCCUUUGUUGACCUCUGUUACUCCUCUGCUAUCACACCAAAGAUGAUGGUGAACUUUGUGGUGGAGCGCAACACUAUCCCUUUCCAUGCUUGUGCAACACAACUGGGCUGCUUUCUUACCUUCAUGAUCACAGAGUGUUUCCUUCUGGCCUCUAUGGCCUAUGACCGUUAUGUGGCCAUCUGCAGUCCCUUGCAUUAUUCAACACUGAUGUCAAAGAGAGUGUGCAUUCAAUUAGUGGCAGUUCCUUAUGUGUACAGCUUUCUAGUUGCCCUUUUCCACACAAUCAUCACCUUUCGCUUGACGUAUUGUGGGCCUAAUGUAAUCAACCAUUUCUACUGUGAUGACCUUCCCCUCUUAGCUUUGUCCUGCUCAGACACACACAUGAAGGAAAUUCUCAUCUUUGCUUUUGCUGGCUUUGAUAUGAUUUGUUCCUCUUCCAUAGUUCUUACCUCCUACCUCUUUAUCAUUGCUGCUAUCCUGAGAAUCCGCUCUACUCAAGGAAGACGCAAGGCCAUCUCUACCUGUGGCUCUCACAUGGUAGCUGUUACUAUUUUCUAUGGUACACUCAUCUUCAUGUAUCUACAACCCAAAUCUAAUCAUUCCCUGGACACAGACAAAAUGGCUUCAGUGUUUUACACAGUGGUGAUCCCCAUGUUGAACCCCCUCAUCUACAGUCUUAGGAACAAAGAGGUUAAAGAUGCCUCUAAGAAAGCUUUGGAUAAAGGGUAUGAAACCUUAAAAUUAUUAAAAUUAAAUAAAUAA